AUGUCAUUCUAUGAUAGAUUUAAAGCCCGCUUCUCUAUUCAUUAUAUGUAUACAAUCAACGGUUCUAGCUUAACCUCUGUCGGUAGUAAGAAAGACUUGGGUGUUCUUUUUAAUUCAGAUCUUAACUUUCACUCCCAUAUUGAAAGGAUAUGUUGCAAAGCUAUAAAAAUGCUUGGAUUCAUAGUGCGUAUAUCCAAGGAGUUCAAUCUAUCGUCUCCAUUGAAAUUCUUAUAUUGCUCUUUGAUCCGAUCUAUUAUAGAGUAUGCAUCUGUGCUAUGGGUUCCUUAUAAAGUAACGGACUCCUGUCAAUUAGAAUGUAUUCAGAGAAAAUUCUUAUUUUGCGCAACUUAUAUAUUAAAAAUAAAGCAUCCUCCGCAUGACUAUUUAUUAGUGAUGCAGGAACACUGUCUCAUCUCACUAGCAGACAGGAGAAAUAACGCCAACAUUGAGUUUUUGAAGAAGCUGAUGGAUGGUCGUAUUGAUGCUCUCUCUCUUCUUUCAUCGAUCAAUAUCAAAGUUCCUUCUCGCAUUACUAGACACCACGUUCCUUUCGUAGUUCCUGUGCACACCACAAAUUAUGGGAGAAAUAGUCCUUUACACCGCAUGAUGAGGUUGGCCAAUGAGAGCACCAUUUAUCAAGAUUGGUGA